CAGCGGAUUCUCUGGGGCUGGUUCAUCGCCUCCGAAUACUCCUGUGACAGGAGGCGCUUGCAAAUCCCGCCCCCAGUCCCUGGCAGCAAUAAAUAGGAGUCUCCCAGCCCAGGAGAAGCAAGAAGUUUCUAGGCCUGCUGGUUGCCGGGUUUAUUAAGCUCCCGGCUCCAUUCUGGACCUCAGCAGCUCUGGCUGAGAGCCUGGACGGCCUGGGCGGACGGUGGCUGGCUGAUCUCCGGUGAGGCUGUGCUGGAGAAUUCUGUACCACCAGCCAGAGGUCGCCUUUGGUGGCUGGAGUGUCCUUAGGGGCUGGGACCCCAGCCUGGUGCGUGCCUCCUUGUCCUUGGCAGUGGAUGGUUCAGCAUUUUCUGAAGCUGCAGAAUAAGCUUGGAAGGCCAGCCGACCCACAUCAUCUUGCUGUGUGACCUUGGGCAGGUGGCUUCCUCUCUCUGAGCCUCUGUUUCUCCUCCAGCUCAGCAGCCACCAUGGCUGAUGGUCAGAUGCCCUUCCCCUGCCCUUAUGGAAGUCGCCUGCGCCGGGACCCAUUCCGAGACUCAUCCCUGUCCUCCCGCCUGCUGGACGAUGGCUUUGGCAUGGACCCCUUCCCUGACGACUUGACUGCCCCUUGGCCUGACUGGGCCCUGCCUCGCAUCUCCUCUGCCUGGCCGGGCACCCUGAGAUCAGGGAUGGUGCACCGGGGGCCCACUUCCGGGGGCAGGUUUAGGGUACCUGCCGAGGGCAGGAGCCCCCCUCCCUUCCCUGGGGAGCCCUGGAAAGUGUGUGUCAACGUGCACAGCUUUAAGCCGGAGGAGCUGAUGGUAAAAACGAAGGAUGGAUACGUGGAGGUAUCUGGUAAACACGAAGAGAAGCAGCAAGAAGGCGGCAUCGUUUCCAAGAACUUCACAAAGAAAAUCCAGCUUCCUGCAGAGGUGGAUCCUGCGACCGUAUUUGCCUCACUUUCCCCAGAAGGCCUGCUGAUCAUCGAAGCUCCCCAGGUCCCCCCUUACUCACCAUUUGGAGAGAGCAGUUUCAACAAUGAGCUUCCCCAAGACAGCCAGGAAGUCACUUGUACCUGAGACCUCAGUCUUGGUCCUUUCUUGUUCCCUCCUCAACCCCAGGGCAUCUCUGAUUCCAGACUACAUUACUUUAGCUGAAUUCAUAGAUUUAGUGUGACUAAAAUUUGGGGGGGGGGGGGGUCAGGGUGUAUUGACCAGAUUCCCUGGAUAGUGUACUACUAGUUUUUUUUUCCUGCAAGUUGGAGCAAUUGGCAGGUCAGGCUCGGUUGCACUAGGCCAAAAUGCUGAGAGUUUACCUUUUCUAUUGUGAUGAAAAUGCUGCACAUUCUAUAGUUGCCAAACAGAUAAAAGGGGACAUAACAUUUCACAUUGUAUCUUACCUUGCAGCUAAUGCAAGAGUUGCUUUUCUCUGGGGACCUCCCCAUCACCCAGAUUCCCAUGCUGGGCUCCCAAUGUCCAUGCCUGCUCCGUGGUUUUGUUGAUGGAGCCCAGUAGCUCACUCCAUUGUGUUUUUGCAGCCCUGGUUUACAGAGGGCUAUAGACAGGUCUUACAUCCCCACGUGGGAUUGAUCCAAAAGCCACAUGAAAACAAACAGUGCCUUCUGCCCUACACCCAGGCAUUUAUAGCACGUUCCCAAGCUGGCACUCCCCAAGGACUCUGGAAGCCCCUUAGUUUAUUCUCUGACUAUAGUCCCCCCUUUCUCAUGUCUCCUAUGUCCAAGUCGGGAUUUUUACAGAGGGGGCUGUCACCAGACAGCUCCACCAGGAACCAAGCAAAGGCCAGACAGCCUGGCAGGCAGACUAGUGGUAUUAUUUAUAUGGGUGGGACGUGUGUGUCAUUGUUAUUUGAAUUGUGCUGUUGUUUAAGAAAAAAUAAUAGUUAAUAAUAAUAAUAAUAACAACAACAACAAUAAUAAAGGAGCUGAUGUUCUUA